AUCGUAUUGGAGAAGCUUCUUUGCUAUCGUUGUCUGUUCGAUCUUUCUCUCUCUCUCUCUCUCCAUGUGCUGCUCUCAUUAAAAACAAUUCCCUUUUCAUGCGAGAAAACCCGUUGGAUUCUCUCCAUCCUGCAUUUCAUUCCCAUGCUCAAGAAUGUUUCAUUUUCCUAGAAAAUCCCUAUAUUUUCCCCGAAACUUCCCUUCUAUUCCAACCUCCAGCUUCGCUUAGCUAUUCGGUGAUUAUCUGGAGCUGAGUUAUUCUCCUUAACACUUAUAUUCUCUGUUCUGAAUCAUUUGGGGUGAGAUUCUAGGGUUCUAAAUUUGUUUUGCUUAAGAAUUUUAUAAGCUUCAACGUUAGCAUUGAUUGUUAUUGCUAGAAUAAUAGACUUGCCCCUUAUUGUUUGGAGGUAGCUGUUUUUGCGCUUCUUGGAUUGGAAACCAGAAUUUGAAGCCUCUAACAAUAGGAUUUUGUAAACCUUUAGGAUUAAUGUCUGGGAUGGAUAAGGAAAAGUCUCCUGGUCAUGGGGGUGGCUUGCCUCCCCCGUCAGGUCGGUAUUCAGGUUUUUCAUCUGGUGGAAGUAAUUUCAAUGUGAAACCCGAACCAUCCACCUCUUCGUUCCCUCCUUUGGCCCCUGGUAGUAGUUCAGAAGCGGGUCAUUUUGGGCAUGGAUUGGCUACUGAUUCAGGUAGAUUUAGCCAUGAUAUUAGUAGAAUGCCGGAUAACCCACCGAGGAAUUUGGGUCACAGACGAGCGCAUUCUGAAAUUCUGACCCUUCCCGAUGAUAUCAGCUUUGAUAGUGAUCUUGGUGUAGUUGGUGGUGCGGAUGGUCCUUCGUUUUCUGAUGAGACUGAAGAAGACUUGCUGUCUAUGUACCUUGAUAUGGAUAAGUUUAAUUCUUCAUCUGCUACAUCGGCCUUUCAAUUGGGCGAGCCCUCUUCUGCGGGAGCCACUCCAAUGCAAACUGCGAUGUCAGGUGUAGCAACAUCAUCUGCAGAGGUGGCCACUGGUGCUAAUGAGAGACCAAGAGUUAGACACCAACAUAGUCAGUCAAUGGAUGGAUCGACAACUAUCAAGCCUGAAAUGCUUGUUCCAGGUUCAGAAGAUAUCUCUUCAGUUGAUUCCAAGAAAGCAAUAUCUGCUGCUAAGCUUGCAGAGCUAGCUCUUAUUGAUCCCAAGCGCGCAAAGAGGAUUUGGGCAAAUAGACAAUCAGCUGCUAGGUCUAAAGAAAGGAAGAUGAGGUACAUUGCUGAGCUUGAAAGAAAAGUCCAGACCCUGCAAACAGAAGCAACUUCCUUGUCUGCCCAAUUGACUCUCUUGCAGAGAGAUACAAAUGGUCUGACAGCAGAAAACAGUGAAUUGAAAUUGCGGUUGCAAACUAUGGAGCAGCAGGUUCACUUGCAAGAUGCAUUAAAUGAUGCACUCAAAGAGGAAAUUCAGCAUUUGAAAGUAAUGACUGGCCAACCGAUGCCAAACAGUGGACCUAUGAUGAAUUUCUCGUCUUUUGGGGGCAGUCAACAGUUUUAUCCGAACAAUCAUGCUAUGCAUACUCUUUUAACUGCACAACAGUUUCAACAGCUCCAAAUUCAUUCUCAGAAGCCACAGCAUCAGUUUCAGCAACAUCAACUGCAUCAACUUCAGCAGCAACAUAUGCAGCAAGAGCAACAGCAGCAACAGCAACAACAGCAACAGCAGCAGCAGCAGCAGCAGCAAAGCGGGGACAUGAAACUCCGAGGAAGCAUGGCUUCACCGAGCCAGAAAGAUAAUUCAUCAGACGCCAACUCAUCUGCAACUAAGGAUUCUUGAAGAGAAAUAUGCAGCUAGCGUUGAGGAAUUUCGUGAAGUGCCAGUCUUUGUUCAAAAUAGUAGAUAUGUCACUACGUAGGAAGAUAUCCCCUUUUGAGCCGUCGUUAGGUACGUUGAUAUAAACAUCAUUAUUUUGUAGUUCGUUCCAUACAUGAUCCAUCCUUCUUGUACAAGAUUAUUUAUUUUGUUAGAUGUUAAGUUUGGCCUACCUCCACCCUUGGUAAUUUGGUAAUAUUUAGAUGUUACAAAUCUGUUUUAGUUCCUUUUUUUUUUUUUUUUUUUUUUUUUUGGGGUUUCAUGUAUGGAAUAGCCGGUUCAUAUUUUUUUUACUCACUUAUCUGUGGCCUUGUAUCGUGUUUAGAUAUCUGUAGUUUUUUUCUUCAAA